CAGCAUUCAAAGGAUGACCGGAUACCGGAGGUUUAUACUAAAUAAAAAACUUAUUUAAUCAUUAAAUAAUAAUCAAAUAUGUCCCAUAUAAAGGGUACAUAGAGUUCUGGAUUUCCAAAAGUACCCCCACACCUUUUCCAAAUUCCCAGCGCCAUCACCUAACCAUGCCGCCAGCAUCAUUCUCUUUCACGUCUUAAUUUUGGAAAAGCGAACCCUAACCGUCGGAUCGCUCUCCGGUCGCCGCCGCGCCUGUAUUCCGGUGGCCGUUCUCAUCCCCUCCGUCGUCUUCUCAGGAUCCUUGUGGGUACCUAGGAGGAGUCCAGGAAUGAGGAUUUGGGGGGUAAAUAUAGACUCAGUACAUCCCUCCUCUUCAGGAUAAAUAUACUUGUGACCGGAAUGAGGACUGAGGAUAAUUAUACAUGUGCCUAAGGAGAAUGGGGAAGACUUCUUACAAGAGGCUGAAGGGAAGCCAAAGCUUUAGGCAGCGGUUGCUUCUUGCCACUCUCUCCUCCACUCCUAUUCUUAUUGAGGACAUACGUGCCGACGAGACUUGGCCUGGUCUACGCAGCCAUGAGAUUUUGCUGCUCCGAUUGUUUGAUACCAUCUGCGAUGAUUGCCUUGUGGAAAUCAACGAAACAGGUACCAAAUUGAAGUACAAGCCGGGAACUAUUAUGGGUGGAAGACAACAUCGUGCAUACGACUGUGGUGUGUCUCGAUCCAUUGGUUAUUUCUUGGAGCCACUCAUUUUGCUAGGCUUGUUUGCCAAGGAACCCAUUACCAUUAGACUCAAAGGAAUCACAAAUGAUUCGAGGGAUCCAUCAGUUGACACCUUCAAGUAUGUUGUGUUGCCUAUAUUAAGGCGCUUUGAAGUUGCCUCUGAAGGAUUGGAUCUUAAAAUAGAGAGUCGUGGAUUACCUCCAAGUGGUGGCGGCGAAGUUAUUUUGUCACUUCCUGUUGUUCAGAGUCUAACAGCUGUUAAUUGGACUGAUGAGGGAUUUGUCAAGAGGAUUAGAGGAAUUACAUUUUCAGCCAGAGUGUCUGCUCAGUUUGAAAACAGCAUGAUUAAAGCUGCCCGUGGAAUCAUAAAUCCACUAGUGUCGGAUGUGCACAUUUUUUCUGAUCAUAGAUCAGGUCCUCAGGCUGGAAACUCUCCUGGCUAUGGAAUUUCACUGGUUGCGGAGACUACUUCUGGUUGCUUCAUCUCUGCAGAAACUGCUGUUUCUCAUGCUAGGGCUGAAGAUGUUUCUAGCCUUGCUGAUGAUGAGAAAAUGGAUCUUAUGCCCCCAGAGGUUAUUGGUGAGGGGAUUGCUAAUGAUUUACUAGGGGAGAUAACUCAAGGUGGAGUGGUAGAUUCAACAUAUCAGGGUUUGUUAUUUCUUCUUUGCGCUCUAUGUCCUCAAGAUAUUUCCAAGGUUCGUGUUGGAAAACUUUCCCAGCACGGGGUUGAAACCCUCAGAAACAUUAAGGAUUUUCUUGAUGUGAAGUUUAUUCUCAAACCAGAUCCAAAGACACCAUCAGUUUUUCUCCAGUGUAUUGGUUAUGGCAUGAAGAACCUUUCUCGAAAGAUCUCGUGAGCAUGUUCCAUGGUGUUAUACAAUCCAAUGAGUCUAGUGAAUUGAAAUUUUCAAAUAACUGCUAGAUUCGGCACCUGGAAAUGAAUGCAACUGAAGCUUCAUGAUAUAGCAUCAUCGUUCCAAUGGUUAUGAUUUAUCCCCUCCCAAAAAUAGAAUUAACCGGUGAAGCUCACUUUCAAGUGUAACCCAAUUUUGUUAGCUAUAUAUCUUGGAGCGUUUCCCACAAAUGAUAUUAAGUUUACCUACAUAUAAUUUAUGAAAAUAUUUUAUAUACAUAGAUGGUCCAAUCAGAUUUUGAAGUUUUUAUGUAAUUUUAUUAGCUAAUGUGCUAAAUCUUUAAAAUCUUAUUGGUUGAUAGUGUAAAUUUUCUUGCACUGUUCUUGCAUGUAUAUUAUUCUCACUUUCAA